UCCCCCCUCUUUUCUUAUCCUUCUCUACAGACUUCUCUCCCUCGCAGUCCUGAAGGAAUACUCGCCUUGGAGGGCUGAAGAGAGUGGGAUUUGAAUAUGGUGUUUCUUCAGGCCUUUGUCCUGAUAAAUGGAUGAAUACACACGCCAUAGCCAAACUUAGAGGUGUUUGUGUCUCUUCUCUGUUCUGAGGGUGCUGUGUGUAUCCUAAACCAGGGUUUCUUAUUCUAUAACCCUCAUCUAUACAGCCAUGCAUGGGCGGAGUCUGCUCUUCAUCUUUUCCCUCCUCUUCCUCCUGUCAUUCUCUGAGGCGAAAAAGAAGUCCAAGCAGCCAUCAGAUGCAGUGACAGGGUCAGACACUACGCCAGUCAAAGCCUCACUGGAAUCAGGUAAGCUGAGUACUAAGGAUGGGCAUCGCUGCACCUGGGAGAUGCUGGAAAGAGGAGCCAACAUACUGCUCCAGGUGAGCUGCUCCCCCCGUGCGAAGGAGGGGCUCACAACUCCCUACACUUGCCAGUUUGCUGGAACACCUCAGGAAUGCUCUGUGUAUAGCACUCAGUCCUCCCAGUAUUGGAAACAGGUGGUGAGCAAACUGAAGAAACGCAAGAACGCUUGUGAGGGUGAGAAAGUCCUGAAAACUCGCCUGUGUAAGAAAGCACCCAGUGCGUCUCACAUGAAACUCACAGAGAGAAGCGUGGAGGAAACGACCACGCAUGUGAGCAAGGGAAUGAGAGAAGAGAACAAACAGAAAACAGACAUUCCGACAAGAAAAGGAAAGGAAGUAGAGAAAGAGAAUGAAGAGGAGGUGAAGGGAGAAGAAGAUGAGGGAAUGGUGAAUGAUGGAUUCUCAGACAUGGAGCCUGCCACAAGCUACUGUGGAGAGGGAUGGCAUUCGGUGUGUAGUUUCUUUGGCAAGUUUUUUGAUGGUUAAAAUACAUCUUGCUUUUCGGACCAAGUGGAGGAUAUAACUGAAGGCUAGAAUGUAUGUAAAAAGGGGGGGAAAGACACUGUCAGGUCAUAUAAAAUGUUAGUCUGCACCCAGUAAACAUCAUAGAUAAAAACAGCCUGUAAAGAACAAAGCAAGUAGUAAACAGGAUGAAACAUAGAGACAGAGAAAGUAGCUUAUAUGUAAUAUUUAACAAUCACACUAAUCACAUUGAUUAUUAUUUUACACAAACUGUAUUAUUGGAUAUUGUAACUAAGUUUGAUUUAUCUUUGUGUAGAUAUGAAUAAUUGUAAUUUGUAUUCCACCCAUAACAUUUGCUUUUCUGCUAAUUUUCAAAUGUAAUAUUUUUUUUUAAAUGUUGUAUAUGAUUAUUGCAAAAGCAUUAAUAAUAUUUAAUAAAACCAAAAUGUAAUGUAAUAAUUGAAAUAUGCAUAUAUUUUAAACCAGAAUUAUAGACAAAGAUCACAUAAUUUAUGUUAUAGAAAAAACUGUAUCAUCCAUCACACAUAGUUGCUUGAUGAGAGGAUAAAAAGUUCUUCAGUUUUUAUUCAACAUUGAACUCGUGCUCUUGUCACACCAACUCUUUCAUGUUGUGUAUAUGUGUAUAAAGGCUUAUUCAAUUGUGUGCAGAUCUAAUCUGACAGCAGUAAUAGCCCAUUGUACACUCAGCAUCAAUACCCUUCUUACAGUAUCAGUGGUCUAAAAUGACAAAAAGGAGCCCACACAUGAUUGUUUGAAUCAAUGAAGUCUGACAUUUAAGUGAGAAUUACCUUCACCCAGAUGAGCCAGAUAAUUGUAGAACAAGGGGAAAAUAUUUUUGGGAGAAAAUGUCUCUUUAGUUCAGGCUCUUCUGUACCCUCUGAACUGCCUACAGUGGCACAUAAGCAAGCUGUGCAGCUAAAUUGUUGGACAAAAGUUCACAUUCAGAGUCAUUGAUUGAAGGCUUCGAUCGCUGCCUAGAACCAGUCAAGCAAGCUGUGAUGGAUCACAGUAUUGCGCUCAUGGUCACAAAUGGAAUUUGUUAAUAGACUCAAUGUUCAGUGUAAGGUUUAAUGCAAUGAAUUACAUACUUUUACCUCAAUGUUGGGUGAAAAUCAAAGAGCAGAUUUGUAUUUGUAUUAGUAUUGUAUAUACUGUAAGGAUAAAUUGGCUCCCACUAUGUUUGCUUUUUCAAAAAAAAAAAAAAAUUCUCAACUAUAAAAGUGAUUUUAAUAUGGGUCAACUUUGUAUAUUCAUACCAUAUACAAUUUUUGCAUAUCUAAUUGCAAGUGGCAUAAUACAGUAUAUACAGUAUAAGGAAUACACAUAAUACUCUUAGUCACUAUUAAAUAAUUUUUAAGUCAAACGCUUUAAACUGGUAUUAGCCUUUUUUUGAGCUCUGACUUUGCAUUAGACUCUGUCACUUUGCUUGUUUCAUAAAUUUGCUCACUAUCCCAGAGAGCAAAUUUCACCAUGGGAACUGAGACAUUUACUUCAAAAUGAAAAUAUACAUUGAAUAAAAAUGA